AAUGUCGUCGCCAUUCAAUUGUUGGAUUUUCCUUUGGCUCACAGCCACCUUGGCUUCGGCAAGUACUACUGAUUACAGCAAACUAAAACUGCCCCCAGCGGGGUCCUGGUAUUUGGAGAACUUCGGCAAAUUAAGACCCGGGGAACCAGAUAGAUACACUGGAUGCAUGUGCCCCCCAAGCCUCAACACUUCUGGAUCCGUCUACAUGUUUUGCGGACACGAGAUGUCCCCCAAAGCGGGAGGGACAUGCCAACCGGUAGGAGCUUAUCGAUGUGUUGAUGGCCAGACGGAAGCAAUUCUGGAGGCGGAUUGCAGUAUUGGCGCUACAAAGAGGAAGUGUAGUCGAAGACCGACGUGUGUCUUGCUGAAGAUAGAUUGCGACAAACAUAAUGCAAAGUCUUGCAUCAGGGUUUGAACGUUCGCUCAUUUCGAGACACACAAAUACGACCACAUGAACAAAAAUGAAAAGUGAGCUUAUUUGUUUUAUAUUUAAAGACAUUAAACAUUACAGCACAAAUUUUACUUUGUCACGAAAUAAAACA